GCUAGCGCCGCUGUAAUUUUGGCCCCCACAGCGCACAGACAGGCGGUUCUACAGUGGCUCCUCCAGGCCUGCAACACGCACUCGUCACUUUUUUUUCUGGAGGCGUUGGCUUGCUUGCGACAACGCUUUCUGCCUACCCACCACAAGCUACAUCACCCGCCAUCAUCCGCAUCUUGUAUAUUUCCCCUGACGCUGGUAGAUACGCUAUAGCAGCAGGCUUCUUUACUACUAUUCCAAUUGAUUUUGAUUUGAGAGCGCUGCUACCAUGGCCACACAGUACGAGAUCGAGCACAAUGUGCAGUUUGCCGAGGGACGCCGUGCCGGCCGCCGAGUGGACAUGGCAUCCUUCUUCGCCCUGCUGAACCAGCUUGCCGAGCCAUCAGGCACCGACUCUCCCCAGAACAACCCCCACGCCGUCCCUACGCCGGUCGACUCGGCCGCCCUCUUCCGCAUGCUCCAAGACCAGCUUCUUACGCUUCACAACACUUCACCUACUGCCGACAACCGAUCCUUCCUGGAAGAGCUCAUCUCGUCGCUGGAUGCCGAUAUCCAGGACCCUCCCAAGACCAUCCAAGGUGUUACACAGGAGUUUGUCGACUCGCUGGACCGCGUAAAUCGCAAGACACUGCACGAAGACGAUGACUGCGCCAUCUGCAAGGUGCCGUACCUCGAAGACGAAUACUGCUUGGUUGUUGAGCUUCCGUGCCAGGGCCGCCACCAGUACGACUUGGAGUGUGUUGGUCCGUGGCUGCGAAGCAAGGGAACGUGUCCCAUGUGUCGCCAGGAGAUGAACAAGAAGAAGGAAAUACCCGUGGUGGAAGAUGACGAUGAGGAAGAUGGUGAUAUGAUGUACGCAUAGACAGGACAAAUGACGACGAUGACGACAAAUGUAUAUAUUAUAUGGAGAGCGUGGAGUUGUGGAGUUGGUGAGAGCAAGUUGUCAUGGAGCGCUUCGUACGAGAUUUUAAAACUUCCUUUUGAUGAUUGUCUAAUGAACAAAUCUGAAUACAUUAUAAAGCGAUGCUUACGCUUUCUAUCCAUUUCCCAAGGGCUUAUAACUAUCCAGACUACCAGUGACGGCUUACGCCUCAUGCUUGGUCAUUUGAGCGGCAGCCGCAUCAGCCUUGGCUUUGACGUCGGCGGUAACCUCAGCAGAUAGCUCAGCCAGUCUGGUCUUCCAAAACUGCCAUCGCUCUGUGGUGUUGCCGGUCUGGCCCUUAAGAAGACUGCCAGAGGAGAGCAUCUUGGCCUCCAUCUCAUCGGGCUUGACGCCCUGGGCAGCCUCGGUGUGCAUGACCUUGCCGGCGUGGGUGAGCCACUCACUGGCGGUAGAUAGGUGCAUAUUCUUAGCCUCGGCCGUCUUGAGGGGCUCUUCGAGACCAGCACGGAGCUCCCAGAUGCCAAAGUUCAUCCACGACUGAAGCUUUGCGCCGAGGAGGCGGGCUGCAAAUGAGUUGAGAGAAAUCCAUUCCUGGAUCUUGGUCUUGUCGUCGUCAGAUCCAUCAAACUUGACGUCGACUAUGUAUCCGUUAGUAAGAAUUUGUGGACUAUAGGACCUGAAUGGGGUACGUACUGUUCCAUGCCUCGCGCAUGCAGGGGCCAAAGAGGGCGAGAUCGUCCCACAUGACAGCCUUUUGGCCCCAAAUCUCGACAGAGUCACUCUUCUUUGCCUUGAGCUUGGCAAUCACGUCGACGAGAUGCGCCUGGCGCACAUCAGAGGCAGGGAUCUUCUUGGCCACCUGGAUGGUAAUGGUCCAGAGCUUCCAGAGGAAGUCCUCAGCAUCGCCACCAGACAUCUUCUGCUGGUAGUAGAGCCUCUCAAUGUCGUUGGCGGUCUUUUGGGCGGAUUCGGUCGUGGGGGCGGUCUCCUUGAGAGAGGUUUCGAGCAGAGUAGCAAUCUUGGUGUCGAGGUCGGAGUUUUCGGCAGCAGCUGCUGCUGCAGGUGGUGCUUGAGAAGCCAUCGUGCCGGCGGUUAUGGAAUUGGUGAGGAUGCAAGGGUGUCGGUUGGAGGAGGAGGCGGCUCUUUUAACGAUGGUGGCGGGGGAUGUGAGUUUAGUAUGCGCUGUUGCUAUGGCGGGGUAGCUGUUUGCAGAGUGUCGUGGUGCUAGUGUAGCGCUACAAAGACAAUGGCGGGCAGAGAAUCGGGGGACUGGGCGCAGUGCAGCAGCUAACUGG